AUGGCUGGUCGUGUUAUUGCUCAGAUUAUCGUUAUGGGAUCCCAGAUUGUCGGCAAGGCCUUCAUGGAAGCCUACCGACAGGCUGCUGCCAACGCUGCCAAGAAUGGUGGACACCAGGCUGCCAAGAGCGGCUCUGGUGGAUCAAAGGCUGCCGCCGCUGAUGCUGUCACUCGCAAGACUGGCAUGAGUGUCGACGAGGCCAUGAACAUCUUGAACAUUACCAAGGAAGCUGACUUGGCCAAGAUUGUCAAGAACUACCAUCACCUGCACAAGGUGAACGACAUCGCAGGUGGUGGAUCAUUUUACCUGCAGUCCAAGGUCGUUCGUGCCAAGGAGCGUUUAGAGAUGGAGUGGGCGGCAGAGGGAAACCCCAUUAAGAUUGAACCAGAGGCACCAGCAGCACCAGCAGAAGGAGCAGCAACGGAAGGAUCAAAAUCGACCUCUGCAUCAUCAUCACAGCCCCCCUCCGGAGACAAGCAGGUCUAA